UUCUCGUUGCCCAUCUACAGCAACUGAUCGUUGACAGCUUCACCUCUGGCCUCCAUGGAGCUGCGAUGGACUACACCUCAUCUAACGUGGUAUCCGGAUGGGCUGCAGGGAGGAGGAACAGGUUCGAUGGGCUUGCUGAACAACCUGAACACGUUCCUGUGGAUCCGCGUGCAGCAGUACACAUCGCGGGAGGUGCAGGUGCAGCUGUACGAUCACCUACACGGACUGUCACUGAGAUGGCACCUGGGUCGGAAGACAGGGGAAGUGCUGAGGGUCAUGGACAGAGGAACCACCAGCAUCAACACUCUACUGAAGUAAGUUCCGCGAUCGUGUCCACAUGAUUAACCCUAAUACUAAAGAAUUUGUAACCAACCUAUAUUCAGAUUUA